AUGGAAGAAGUUUUGUGCUAUGAGACCAGGAACAAUUCGUGCCUGAGGACCGUCCGUCCUCUGCCCGUCCGCCUCAGCCUCUAUGCGAUUCUCGGGGUCGUGGUGAUCCUGACUGUGUGUGGAAACCUUCUAGUUACACUCUCAGUCGCAUAUUUCAAGCAGCUUCACACUCCAACCAAUUACCUGAUUGUCUCGCUCGCUAUGUCCGACCUUCUUUUAGGAUUGGUGGUUAUGUUUCCCAGCAUGGUUACAUGUGUCGAGUCUUGCUGGUAUUUCGGAGAGCUUUUCUAUCGACACUAUGCUGUCUGCCAGCCUCUACUGUACAGAAGGAAAAUAACAGUCAGCACUGUGGGGGUCAUGAUUCUGCUCAGCUGGAGUAUUUCUCUUUUCAUAGGUUUUGGAAUGAUUUUUCUGAGGUUAAAUAUUUUAGGCGUUGAGGAAUUCUAUUAUAACAACAUUGCUUGUGAAGGAGGGUGUGUUUUGUUCCAGAGUGGUCUUUCCAGCACAGUGUCCUCACUCCUCUCUUUUUAUGUUCCGGGGAUCAUAAUGCUCGGUGUUUAUUUGAGGAUCUUCGUGGUGGCACAGAGGCAAGUGUGCCGUAUACAGAAUGUCUCUUGCAAAAGCACUGCCAAAACAUCAAACACAAGUCAGACAAAAGCUACUAAAACACUUGCAGUUAUAAUGGGAGCCUUUCUUACAUUCUGGACUCCUUUCUUUGUCUGUAACAUCACUGAUCCCUUCAUCGGUUACUCAACACCACCAGGCCUCUUUGAAACAGUGGUGUGGGUGGGCUACCUGAACUCUAUGGUCAAUCCUUUAAUCUAUGCCUUCUUCUACAGUUGGUUCAGAAAGGCACUACAAUUAUUCACAUCAGGUAAGAUCUUGAAAUAUGAUAUUUCAGAGACAAUGCUUGUCUCAGAUUAA